UCGAAAAAAGGAUUUCUGUGCAUUUUAAUGGAGGCGCGUGCCUUGGAUCGUGUGUGCCUCUUGAGGAAAUGGACCAUUAAAUACAAGCAACAAAAUUAAAGGAAUUUUAAAUUUAAAAAAGUGCAACACUGGCCUUCUCCAUUAAAAAGUGUAAAUGAACAAAAAAGGAAGAAGCACCAAAAAGUUGCCAUAAAAACUGACACCGCAGUUGUCGCGAAAGGGAAACAAAAUCGUAGUGGUCGUCAAGGAUAACCAGCUGACAUGCCACAUAAAUUGGAAUACUAAGCAUUCGCGAAAGAUUCGUAUCGAACCCAUUUCGUGGUUAUAUUUAUAGCUUCAGCUGCAUUUAAAGAGAUUGCUAACACAACACUGUGCUUAACUGGGCAUUAAAUCGGGUCAAAAUGAACCAACCGACGGCAGCCAAUUCACAUUGGCUGGCCGCUUUGCUGUCGUCGUUGCUGCUUUUAAAUGUACUACAAAUAAUCGGAGCCGAUGAGGCGUUCUCGUGUCCAAAUGGCUGGGAACUGCGCGGCUUAAAUUGUUACAAAUACUUCAAUAUAAAGCACUCGUGGGAUAAAAGCGCCGAGCUGUGUCGAAGAUAUGGCGCCGAACUGGUGGCCAUCGACAGCUUUGCGGAGAACAACGAGACCCUGGCCAUUGCCCGGGCCAGCGAUCCCAACCAGAGGGCCUCGGACAAGUACUGGCUGGGCCUGGCCUCCCUGGACGACCUGCGCACCAACACCCUGGAGUCCGCCUCCGGAGCGCUGAUCUCGCAGUACUCCGGCUACUGGUCGCUGCAUCAGCCGAACGCCGAGUCCGGGGAGUGUGUGGCGGCAGGAUUCGCAGGCAAGUCGCAGAGCUGGGACCUGGGCACCUGCGAGUCCCUGCUCCCGUUCAUGUGCCGGGCCCAGGCCUGCCCCCAAGGAGCCCUCCACUGCGCCAACGGCAAGUGCAUCAACCAGGCCUUCAAGUGCGACGGCAGCGACGACUGCGGCGACGGCACCGACGAGCUGGACUGUCCGGCCCAGUGCCACUACCACAUGCAGUCCGGCGGCGACGUGAUCGAGACGCCCAACUACCCGCACAAGUACGGGGCGCUGAGCAAGUGCAAGUGGACGCUGGAGGGACCGCUGGGCAGCAACAUCAUCCUGCAGUUCCAGGACUUCGAGACGGAGAAGACCUUCGACACCGUGCAGGUGCUGGUGGGCGGCCGCACCGAGGACAAGUCCGUGUCGCUGGCCACGCUCAGUGGCAAGCAGGACCUGACCACGCAGCCCUUCGUGUCCGCCUCCAACUUCAUGAUCGUCAAGUUCACCACGGACGGCAGUGUGGAGCGCAAGGGCUUCAGGGCCACCUGGAAGACGGAGGCCAAGAACUGCGGUGGCACUCUGAAGGCCACGCUGCAGCGCCAGAUCCUGACCAGCCCCAACUACCCGAAGCAGUAUCCCGGCGGCCUGGAGUGCCUCUAUGUGAUUAAGGCCCAGCCGGGUCGCAUCAUCUCCAUCGAAGUGGACGACCUGGAUGUCUCCGAGGGACGCGACUAUCUGAUGAUCCGCGACGGGGACUCGCCCAUGAGUCGCACCAUUGCCAAGCUGACCGGAAAGACGGCCCAGAACAAUAGGGUCAUCAUCUCCACCGGCAACGCCCUGUACCUGUACUUCAAGUCCAGCUUGGGUGAGGCCGGCAAGGGCUUUAGUCUGCGCUACAUCCAGGGCUGCAAGGCGACGAUCACUGCCAGAAAUGGGACGGUCACCUCACCAGCCUUUGGACUGGCCGACUACCCAAAGAACCAGGAGUGCUACUUCACCAUCCGCAACAACGCCCGUGCUCCGCUCUCCCUCAAGUUCGACAAGUUCACCGUCCACAAGAGCGACCAUGUGCAGGUCUUCGACGGAUCCUCCACCUCCGGUCUCCGCCUGCACUCGGGUAACGGCUUCACGGGUCCAGCCGCGCCCAAACUAACCCUGACCGCCUCCUCCGGCGAGAUGCUCAUCAAGUUCACCUCGGAUGCGCUGCAUAAUGCUGCUGGAUGGUCGGCCACGUUCUCGGCCGACUGCCCGGAGCUGCAGCCCGGAAUUGGAGCCUUGGCCUCCAGUCGCGACACCGCUUUCGGUACGCUGGUCAGCUUUACAUGUCCCAUUGGACAGGAGUUUGCCACCGGCAAGACGCGCCUGGUUACUGAAUGUCUGCGCGGUGGCAACUGGAGUGUCUCCUACAUACCCAAGUGUCAGGAGGUCUACUGCGGUCCUGUGCCACAAAUCGACAACGGUUUCUCCAUCGGCUCCUCGAACGUGACCUACCGCGGCAUCGCCAUGUACCAGUGUUAUGCCGGCUUCGCCUUCGCCUCGAGCGCUCCCAUCGAGAAGAUCUCGUGUCUGCCGGACGGUCGCUGGGAAAGGCAGCCCCACUGCCUGGCCUCCCAGUGCGCCGCCCUCCAGGAAGUGACCCACGCCAAUGUGACGCUGCUCAACGGAGGCGGUCGCAGCUACGGCACCAUCGUCCAGUACGAGUGCGAGCCGGGUUACGAGCGCAACGGCCAUCCGGUGCUGACCUGCAUGUCCAAUGGCACCUGGAGCGGCGACGUGCCCAAGUGCACGCGCAAGCGCUGCUUCGAGUUCCCGGAGAUCGCCAACGGCUUCGUGGUCGACUCGAGCCGAACCUACUUAUUCGGCGACGAAGCCAGAGUGCAGUGCUUCAAGGGCUACAAGCUGAUCGGCAGCAACAUUAUGCGCUGCAGCGAGGCCCAGAGGUUCGAGCAGCCCCCGACCUGCGAGGACAUCAACGAGUGCAGCUCCUCGCAGUGCGACCUGACCACCACCGAGUGCCAGAACACGAACGGCUCGUUCCACUGCCAGUGCCGGUCCGGAUUUACGGCCACCACCGAGUGCAGGCCCGUGGGCGACCUGGGCCUGGGCAACGGCGGCAUCCCCGACGACAGCAUCAGCACCUCGGCCAGUGAGCCGGGCUACAGUAAGACGCAACUACGACUGAACACGAACGGCUGGUGCGGCGGCUCCUCGGAGCCGGGGGCCAACUGGGUGCUGGUGGACCUCAAGGCACCCACCAUCCUUCGCGGCUUCCGCACCAUGUCCGUGCAGCGACCGGACGGCAAUGUGGCCUUCAGCUCGGCGGUGCGUCUGCAGUACACCAACGAUCUGACGGAUGUGUUCAAGGACUACGCCAAUCCCGACGGCACUGCCGUGGAGUUCCGCAUCCUGGAGCCCACGCUCUCCAUCCUGAACCUGCCCCUGCCCAUCGAGGCCCGAUACAUUCGCUUCCGCAUCCAGGACUACGUGGGAGCCCCCUGUCUGCGCAUGGAGCUGAUGGGCUGCACGCGCCUGGACUGCGUGGACAUCAACGAGUGCAGCAGGAACAACGGCGGCUGCGACCAGAAGUGCAUCAACUCCCCGGGAGGAUUCGCCUGUGGCUGCAACACCGGCUACCAGCUGUACAGCUCCAACGGCACCGCCGGCUUCCACAUCGAGCGCUCCGAGUCGGGCGAACGCGAUGGGGACACCUACCAGCGCAACAAGACCUGCGUGCCCCUCAUGUGCCCCGAGCUGGAGGCUCCCGAGAACGGACAACUGCUGAGCGACCGCAACGACUACCACUUCGGCGAUGUGGUGCGUUUCCAGUGCCACUUCGGCUACAUCAUGAGCGGCAGCUCGGCGGCACUGUGUCUGUCCAGUGGUCAGUGGAACGCCAGCGUACCGGAGUGCAAUUAUGCCAAGUGCGUUUCUCUGCCAGAUGACAAGUUGGAGGGUCUGACUGUGGCCCGUCCCGAUCCCGAGUCCGUCCUUGUGCCUUUCCGCGACAAUGUGACCAUCACGUGCGGAUCGGCGGGUCGCCAACUGAGGGCCACCGCCUCCUCCGGCUUCCGGCAGUGCGUGUACGACCCGAAGCCGGGUCUGCCCGACUACUGGCUGUCGGGGAUGCAGCCCUCCUGUCCCAGGGUGGACUGCUACGCACCCAUGCCCACGCCCGGAGCGGAGUACGGCCAGUUCGUGGACACGCGCUACCAGAGCAGCUUCUUCUUCGGCUGCCAGAACACGUUCAAGUUGGCCGGCCAGACGGGUCGCCACGACAAUGUGGUCCGUUGUGGAGCCGAGGGCAUCUGGGACUUCGGCGAUCUCCGCUGCGAGGGACCAGUGUGCGAGGAUCCGGGACGACCGGCCGACGGCCGCCAGAUUGCCCGCAGCUACGAGCAGAGCUCGGAGGUGUACUUCGGCUGCAACCGACCCGGCUAUAUCCUGAUCAACCCAAGGCCCAUCACCUGCAUACGCGAGCCGGAGUGCAAGGUCAUCAAGCCCCUGGGCCUGGGCUCUGGCCGGAUCCCGGACACGGCCAUCAACGCCACCUCGGAGCGGCCCAACUAUGAGGCGAAGAACAUCCGACUGAACUCGGCCACCGGGUGGUGCGGCAAGCAGGAGGCCUUCACCUACGUGAGCGUGGACCUCGGUCAGAUCUACCGGGUCAAGGCCAUCCUGGUCAAGGGAGUGGUGACCAACGACAUCGUGGGCAGGCCCACGGAGAUUCGGUUCUUCUACAAGCAGGCCGAGAGCGAGAACUACGUGGUGUACUUCCCCAACUUCAACCUGACCAUGCGCGACCCGGGCAACUACGGCGAGCUGGCCAUGAUCACGCUGCCCAAGUUCGUGCAGGCGCGCUUCGUGAUCCUGGGCAUCGUCAGCUACAUGGACAACGCCUGUCUGAAGUUCGAGCUGAUGGGCUGCGAGGAGCCGAAGCAGGAGCCCCUGCUGGGCUACGACUACGGCUACUCCCCCUGCGUGGACAACGAGCCGCCGAUCUUCCAGAACUGCCCCCAACAGCCCAUCGUGGUGCGCCGCGAUGAGAACGGCGGUGUGCUGCCGGUGAACUUCACCGAGCCCACUGCCGUGGACAACUCCGGGUCGAUCGCCCGUCUGGAGAUCAAGCCGCAGAACUUCCGCACGCCCAGCUUCAUUUUCAAGGACACCGUGGUGAAGUACGUGGCCUUCGACUACGACGGCAAUGUGGCCAUUUGCGAGAUCAACAUCACGGUGCCGGACGUCACACCGCCCCUGCUGCAGUGCCCCCAGAGCUACGUGAUCGAGCUGGUGGAUCGCCAGGAGAGCUACACGGUCAACUUCAAUGACACGCGGAAGAGGAUCAAGACCUCCGACGACACGGGGGAGGUGAAGCUGCAGUUCAGCCCGGAAAGUGCCACGAUCAGGAUCGGAAACUUUGAGAAUGUGACCGUCACGGCCACGGACAAGUACAACAACCGUGCGGCCUGCCACUUCCAGGUGUCCGUGAAGGCGUCACCCUGCGUGGACUGGGAGCUCCAGCCGCCGGCCAACGGGGCCAUCAACUGCCUGCCCGGCGAUCGCGGGAUCGAGUGCAUCGCCACGUGCAAGCCAGGAUUCCGCUUCACCGACGGCGAGCCCCUGAAGACCUUCUCCUGCGAGACGUCGCGUCUGUGGCGCCCCACCUCCGUGGUGCCCGACUGCGUCUCCGAGAACACGGAGCAGGCCGCCUACCACGUGACCGCCUCCAUCACCUACCGUGCCAACGGAGCCGUGGCCCAAUCCUGCCUGGGACAGUACCAGGACGUGCUCUCCCAGCACUACACUGGGCUGAACCAGCUGCUCUCGCAGCGCUGCUCCGCGGUGAAUGUGAACAUGAACGUGACCUUUGUGAAGUCGGUGCCCAUGUUGCUGGAGGAGAAUGUGGUCAAGAUGGACUUCAUCCUGUCCAUCCUGCCGGCGGUGCGCCAGCCGCAGCUCUACGACCUGUGCGGCUCCACGCUGAACCUGAUCUUCGACCUGAGUGUUCCCUACGCCAGUGCCGUGAUCGACGACCUGCUGAACAUUGCCAACAUCGGCAACCAGUGUCCUCCCCUGCGGGCCCUCAAAUCACAGAUCUCGCGGGGCUUCAACUGCAACGUGGGCGAGGUGCUGAACAUGGACACCAGUGAUGUGCCGCGCUGCCUGCACUGUCCCGCGGGAACCUACGUCUCCGAGGGCCAGAACAGCUGCACCUACUGCCCGAGGGGCUACUACCAGAACCGCGACCGCCAGGGCACCUGUCUGCGCUGCCCCGCCGGAACCUACACCAAGGAGGAGGGAACCAAGUCCCAGGCGGACUGCAUUCCCGUGUGCGGCUACGGAACCUACUCGCCCACUGGACUGGUGCCCUGUCUGGAGUGCCCGCGCAACUCCUUCACCGCCGAACCACCGACGGGCGGGUUCAAGGACUGCCAGGCCUGCGCGGCGCAGACCUUCACCUACCAGCCCGCGGCCUCGAACAAGGACCUGUGUCGCGCCAAGUGCGCCCCCGGAACGUACUCCGCCACUGGACUGGCGCCCUGCUCGCCCUGCCCUCUGCAUCACUACCAGGGAGCCGCCGGCGCACAGAGCUGCAACGAGUGUCCCGGCAACCUGAGGACCGACGCGGCCGCCUCCAAGGGACGCGAGCAGUGCAAGCCGGUGGUGUGCGGCGAGGGGGCCUGCCAGCACGGAGGACUGUGCGUCCCGAUGGGCCACGACAUCCAGUGCUUCUGCCCGGCCGGGUUCUCGGGUCGCCGCUGCGAGCAGGACAUCGACGAGUGCGCCUCGCAGCCCUGCUACAACGGGGGCCAGUGCAAGGACCUGCCCCAGGGCUACCGCUGCGAGUGCCCCGCCGGCUACUCGGGCAUCAACUGCCAGGAGGAGGCCAGCGACUGCGGCAACGACACCUGUCCCGCCCGAGCCAUGUGCAAGAACGAGCCGGGCUUCAAGAACGUGACCUGUCUGUGCCGCAGCGGCUACACCGGCGACCAGUGCGACGUGACCAUCGACCCCUGCACCGCGAACGGCAAUCCCUGUGGCAACGGGGCCAGCUGUCACGCCCUGGAGCAGGGCCGCUACAAGUGCGAGUGUGUGCCCGGGUGGGAGGGCAUCCACUGCGAGCUGAACAUCGACGACUGCGCGGAGAGCCCCUGCCUGCUGGGCGCCAACUGCACCGACCUGGUCAACGACUUCCAGUGCGCCUGUCCGCCGGGCUUCACCGGCAAGCGGUGCGAGCAGAAGAUCGACCUCUGCCUGUCCGAGCCCUGCAAGCACGGCACCUGCGUGGACCGCCUGUUCGACCACGAGUGCGUCUGCCACCCGGGCUGGACGGGAUCGGCCUGCGACAGCAACAUUGACGACUGCGCGCAGCGGCCCUGCGCCAACGAGGGCACCUGCGUGGACCUGGUCGACGGCUUCAGCUGCAACUGCGAGCCCGGCUACACCGGCAAGAACUGCCAGCACACCAUCGACGACUGCGCCUCCAAUCCCUGCCAGCACGGAGCCACCUGCGUGGACCAGCUGGACGGGUUCACCUGCAAGUGCCGCCCCGGCUACGUGGGCCUCUCCUGCGAGGCGGAGAUCGACGAGUGCCUGAGCGACCCCUGCAACCCGGUGGGCACGGAGCGCUGCCUGGACCUGGACAACCGGUUCGAGUGCGUCUGCCGCGACGGCUUCAAGGGACCGCUCUGCGCCACCGACAUCGACGACUGCGAGGCGCAGCCCUGCCUGAACAACGGCCUCUGCCGGGACCGCGUCGGCGGCUUCGAGUGCGGCUGCCAGCCGGGCUGGAGCGGCAUGCGCUGCGAGCAGCAGGUGACCACCUGCGGGGCCCAGGCGCCGUGCCAGAACGACGCCAGCUGCAUCGACCUGUUCCAGGACUACUUCUGCGUGUGCCCCAGCGGCACCGAUGGCAAGAACUGCGAGACCGCCCCGGAGCGCUGCAUCGGAGAUCCGUGCAUGCACGGCGGCAAGUGCCAGGACUUCGGCUCCGGCCUGAACUGCAGCUGCCCAGCGGACUACUCGGGCAUCGGCUGCCAGUACGAGUAUGAUGCCUGCGAGGAGCAGGUCUGCCAGAACGGAGCCACCUGCGUGGACAACGGGGCCGGCUACAGCUGCCAGUGCCCGCCCGGGUACACCGGACACAACUGCGAGCAGGACAUCGUGGACUGCAAGGACAACUCCUGCCCGCCGGGCGCCACCUGCGUGGACCUGACCAACGGCUUCUACUGCCAGUGCCCGUUCAACAUGACCGGCGACGACUGCCGCAAGGCCAUCCAGGUGGACUACGACCUCUACUUCAGCGACCCCUCGCGCUCCACCGCCGCCCAGGUGGUGCCCUUCCCCACGGGCGAGGCCAACAGCCUGACGGUGGCCAUGUGGGUGCAGUUCGCCCAGAAGGACGACCCCGGCAUCUUCUUCACCCUGUACGGCGUGGAGUCGGCCCGCAUGACCCAGCGCCGGCGCAUCCUGCUCCAGGCGCACUCCAGUGGCGUCCAGGUCUCCCUCUUCGAGGACCAGUCCGACGCCUUCCUCAGCUUCGGCGAGUACACCUCCGUGAACGACGGCCAGUGGCACCACGUGGCCGUGGUGUGGGACGGCAUCGCCGGACAACUGCAGCUGAUCACGGAGGGCCUGAUUGCCAGCAAGAUGGAGUACGGAGCGGGUGGCUCGCUGCCCUCGCAUCUCUGGGCAGUGCUGGGUCGCCCGCAGCCCUACGGACUGAGCCACGAACUGGCCUACUCGGACGCCGGGUUCCAGGGCACCGUCACCAAGGCGCAGGUCUGGGCCCGCGCCCUCGACAUCACCUCGGAGAUCCAGAAGCAGGUGCGCGACUGCCGCUCCGAGCCGGUCCUUUACCCCGGCCUCAUCCUCAACUGGGCCGGCUACGAGGUCACCUCCGGCGGAGUGGAGCGCAACGUGCCGUCGCUCUGCGGCCAGCGCAAGUGCCCCGUGGGCUACACGGGCGCCAAUUGCCAGCAGCUGGUGGUCGACAAGGAGCCGCCUGUGGUGGAGCACUGCCCCGGCGACCUGUGGGUGAUUGCCAAGAACGGAUCGGCGGUGGUCACCUGGGACGAGCCGCACUUCAGCGACAACAUCGGCGUGACCAAGAUCUACGAGCGCAACGGACACCGCUCUGGAACCACCUUGCUGUGGGGCACCUACGACAUCACCUACAUCGCCUCCGACGCAUCCGGCAACACGGCCUCCUGCAGCUUCAAGGUUUCCCUGCUGACUGACUUCUGUCCGGCAUUGGCUGAUCCCGUUGGAGGAUCGCAGGUGUGCAAGGAUUGGGGCGCAGGCGGGCAGUUCAAGGUCUGCGAGAUCGCCUGCAAUGCGGGCCUCCGCUUCUCGGAGGAGGUGCCUGAGUUCUACACCUGCGGAGCCGAGGGCUUCUGGCGACCCACUCGGGAACCCUCGAUGCCCCUGGUCUACCCCUCCUGCUCCCCCUCGAAGCCCGCCCAGCGGGUGUUCCGCAUCAAGAUGCUCUUCCCCUCGGACGUGCUGUGCAACAAGGCUGGUCAGGCGGUGCUCCGCCAGAAGGUGACCAACUCGGUGAAUGGUCUGAACAGGGACUGGAACUUCUGCUCGUAUGCCAUCGAAGGAACCAGGGAAUGCAAGGACAUCCAGAUCGACGUGAAGUGCGACCACUACCGAGCUGCCCAGAACAACCGAGUGCGUCGGCAGGCCAAGGACGGCGGAGUCUACGUGAUGGAGGCCGAACUGCCAGUGGUCAACGAGGAGGAUGACGAUCUGACUUUGACGGGUCGCCAGGGACGCCAACAAACUGGCGGCGAUACAUACACCCUGGAGAUAGCCUUCCCGGCUGUAAACGAUCCUGUGGUGCACACGUCGACGGGUGAACGGUCCAGUGUGAAGCAACUGCUGGAGAAGCUGAUCCUCGAGGACGACCAGUUCGCGGUGCAGGAGAUCCUGCCCAACACGGUCCCAGAUCCGGCCUCCCUAGAACUGGGCUCGGAGUACGCCUGUCCCGUGGGCCAGGUGGUCAUGAUACCCGACUGCGUGCCCUGUGCCAUCGGCACCUUCUACGACAGUGCCAACAAGACGUGCCUGGCCUGCGCCCGCGGCACCUACCAGUCGGAGGCCGGCCAGCUGCAGUGCAGCAAGUGCCCGGUCAUCGCCGGUCGCCCGGGAGUCACCGCAGGACCAGGAGCCCGCUCGGCGGCGGACUGCAAGGAGCGGUGCCCGGCCGGCAAGUACUUCGACGCGGAGACGGGCCUGUGCCGCUCCUGCGGCCACGGGUUCUACCAGCCCAACGAGGGCUCCUUCGGCUGCGACCUGUGCGGCCUGGGACAGACGACGCGCUCCACGGAGGCCACCUCGCGCAAGGAGUGCCGCGACGAGUGCAGCUCCGGACAGCAACUGGGGGCCGACGGACGCUGCGAGCCGUGCCCACGGGGCACCUACCGCCUGCAGGGCGUGCAGCCGUCCUGCGCCGCCUGUCCGCUGGGCAGGACCACGCCCAAGGUGGGCGCCAGCUCGGUGGAAGAGUGCACCCUGCCCGUCUGCUCGGCGGGAACGUAUCUGAAUGCCACGCUGAACAUGUGCAUCGAGUGCCGCAAGGGCUUCUACCAGUCGGAGUCGCAGCAGACCGCCUGUCUGCAGUGUCCGCCGAACCACAGCACCAAGAUCACCGGGGCCACCUCCAAGAGCGAGUGCACCAAUCCGUGCGAGCACAUUGCCGAGGGCAAACCGCACUGCGACCUGAACGCCUACUGCAUCAUGGUGCCGGAGACGUCGGACUUCAAGUGCGAGUGCAAGCCGGGCUUCAAUGGCACCGGCAUGGCCUGCACGGAUGUGUGCGAUGGAUUCUGCGAGAACUCGGGUGCCUGUGUCAAGGACCUGAAGGGCACGCCCUCCUGCCGCUGCGUCGGCUCCUUCACAGGACCCCACUGCGCGGAGCGGUCUGAGUUCGCGUACAUCGCCGGCGGAAUUGCCGGAGCGGUGAUCUUCAUCAUCAUCAUCGUCCUGCUCAUCUGGAUGAUCUGCGUGCGCUCGACGAAGCGUAGGGACCCCAAGAAGAUGCUCACGCCGGCGAUCGACCAGACCGGGUCCCAGGUCAACUUCUACUACGGCGCCCACACCCCCUACGCGGAGUCCAUCGCGCCCUCGCACCACAGCACCUAUGCGCACUACUACGACGACGAGGAGGACGGCUGGGAGAUGCCCAACUUCUACAACGAGACGUACAUGAAGGAUGGUCUGCACGGCGGCAAGAUGAGUACAUUGGCCAGGUCCAACGCCUCGCUUUAUGGAACUAAAGAAGACUUAUACGACCGACUGAAACGCCACGCCUACACGGGCAAGAAGGAAAAGAGUGAUAGUGAUAGCGAAGUGCAGUAAACCAACCAGUCGCGAACUAGAAGAGAUAAAUUACAGAUAACAAAGCUGCUUUAAUGUAAAAUGUGGUCAUAAAUAACGAACGGGAUGUAGCAAGCUCACUAUCGCUGUCAGAACAGUGACCACACUGCCCCACAAAUACUCACUGGAGAGCCUUGCAUUGAAUCGACGUAAUAGCCGCGACAUCGUUUUCGAUCCAUCUUCAGUCCCAGUCCCGGAUAUUACGUGGCUUAAUGCAAGGCUUAGAGAGCUGCUUGAAUCGCGAUACGAGACGAUAGAGCUUAAAUUAGUAACUCCCAUAUGUGCUCUUUAGGUAUGCAAACUACAUGAAAUUAAGUCGAACUUAUGCGUAAUAUAAUGAAUAAAAUAUUGUUUUAAUCUUAAGUAUUAUUUACCUAUACAAGAAACUCGAUAAUACCAUGCUCGACACGGUACCAAAUUGCAAGACACACAUAUAGACUUACGAGUAUAUAUAAACAUAGAUUUUUCCAACCAUAUAGAUUGUCCAAGCUUGUUGAACAAAUUCGCGAGUGCUGUAAAAGCAAAUCAAAUAUAGUCGUUAUUUUGUAAUUUAAUAAAAGCAAUUUAAUUAUUAUGUAUGACAAUUAA